CAUAUUAAAAGGCAUGUUGACGAUGAGUAAGCUUUUUAAUAUUUUAAUGCAAGAUUAAAUUUUGAUGAAUUCGUUCAACAAAAAAGUUUUUUCGUUAAGGCCGCGUGCAAUAGAAGAAUUUGAGCGUUGUAUCUAGAAAUUCUUUCAACUGAUGCUAAGAACGAUAUUGUGAGCACGUUUAUGGUCGUCAUUCGAUUCUGCGGCUAUACAAUCGUGUAAAAGAGAAAAAUAGAAUGCAUUGUCUAGAAACAUAGGCGCAUUGAAGCAUUGAAAAUUGCGCAUUACGGUGAGUCGAGCAGGUUGACUAUGGAAAGAAGACAAAAUGGUGUUGAAGGCCUCCGAAUCAACCAAAAUGGCGAAUAAAACAAGGGCAGUUCGGCUGCAGGAUAGUUCAAGUAUUGCAGACAAUUUGAAGAAGACGGACACUGAACUCGACCCUCGCGAUAAAGACGGGUUGAAAGCCAUUGCAUUGCCCCUGUUUGUUUUUAUUCUUAUAUGCAUCGUAAUUGCAAUUAUAAAAUCGAAGCACAGACGACGAAAAGUGGGGAUCGCUGCUAACGAGAAACCAAGAACUUUUGAACCUAGUGAUAACCCAAUUAAUAUUCGGUUCAAAUCGCUUAUAGGACGGGGCAGUUUCGGAGUGGUCUGGCGCGCUAUCCUUGAUGACGUAAGCGUAGCUGUAAAGAUUUGCCCUGUUGAAAAGCACGAGAGAUGGGAGAAAGAGCGAGGAAUACUCAGCUACGAGGCAGAGCAUCCAAACAUUGUGAAAAUGAUUGACAGUGAAAUAAGAAAGAUUAAAGAAGAAACUGCCCUGAUUAUCAUACUUGAACACGUGGAUAAUGGUGACCUGCGAACUUUCUUAAUGGAAAAUACUUUAAACAUCGAUAAAGCAUUAUACCUCUUGAGAACACUGCUUGAAGGAUUAGCUUUCAUGCACUCCUUUAAUUGUUCUUAUGGAAAUAUGAAGAAGGCAAUUGUACAUAGAGACAUGAAGAGUUCAAAUGUACUAAUAUCAAGCACAAAAGGUUGUGUCAUAGCCGACUUCGGACUGGCCUUGAGUUUGAAUUUCAAAGAAAAAUUGGCGCCACAAGAUGCAAAAUCAAAGGUUGGCACUUCGAGAUAUAUGGCUCCUGAGAAACUGACGGCCUCGAUCUCACGCAGUAAUCAAUGGAAAUCUUUGUGCUUGAUUGAUGUCUACGCGACAGCAUUGGUUGCUUAUGAAAUCAUGAAAAGGUGCUCGUUUCAGUGCGAUAAUGCAGAGGCUGGGGAGUACAUACCUGAGGAUUUCAGUGUUCCAUUUCUGGAAAUCGUUGGACCACACCCCUCGAACGAUCAAAUGAAGAAAGUGGUAGUUGAUGACAACGUGCGGCCUUCUAUACCAUUGGAGUGGUACAAACGCAAGGCAAUGAGUGACGUAGGCAGUUUGAUUGUCAAAUGCUGGGAUAGAAAUCCAACAAAGCGGCUGACGGCAGACAAAAUGCUGCAAAAAGUAAAGGAUGUUUACUUGGAUCAUGAGAUGCGGCCGACGUAUUGUGCAGUCGAGCUUCAUUCCGCCGGGGAGGAGGACUCGUUGCUUGGAGACCCCAUAAUAGAACUUGAUUGCAAUGCAUCACAGGCUAUUAUUUACUCAAAUAAUUUAAAUAGAAGUACUUAUUUAUAAGAAUUUAAGUAGAAGUACUUUUUCAAAUUGCGAUUGGGAAGCGAAGUUUCCAUUUUUGCAGAACUUUUUAAGAACCCUUGCUGUAAUCCCAGUAACGUCGGCACGAAGAUCCAAAUCACCUUUGGACAUUAUUAGUACCUGUCCCUGAUAUUCUUUGAAAACAAACAGAAGACACCCCACUAAAUAUUUGUAUCUAAUUGACCUGCCAAAAAAUAGAACGAGGAUGAGAGAUACAGAAAUCAGAUAUGGAUAUAUCAUUAAAAUAUCCGCUAAUUUAUCUAACAUUGAGUUAUCUAUUUAUAUAUUUAUUUUGUAUUAUAUUUAUAUCAAAUUUUGUACUUGCAAAACUUUUGAGAUAUUUUCUAUGUGGUAAAAAAUUUUUAAGUGUGAAUUCUGCAAUAAAAUCAGAUGAGUUGUUUCUUAA